UGCUGUUUUGUUAGGGGCUGGCAAGGUUUAAUUGCUUAUGGAUGUCAUUCCCUUGUGGUAGUGAUUGAUUCCAGUACUGCCCAGACUCUUCAAGUUUUAGAAAAACAUAAAGCUGAUGUGGUCAAGGUGAAAUGGGCCAGGGAAAAUUAUCACCAUAACAUUGGCUCACCGUAUUCCUUGCGCUUAGCUUCUGCUGAUGUCAAUGGAAAGAUCAUCGUUUGGGAUGUAGCAGCAGGAGUAGCUCAGUGUGAGAUCCAAGAGCAUGCCAAACCUAUUCAGGAUGUUCAGUGGCUGUGGAAUCAAGAUGCUUCCCGAGAUUUACUGCUUGCUAUCCACCCGCCAAAUUAUAUUGUGCUCUGGAAUGCAGAUACUGGCACCAAACUGUGGAAGAAGAGCUAUGCAGAUAACAUUCUCUCUUUUUCUUUUGACCCUUUUGAUCCCUCACAUUUAACUUUGCUCACCAGUGAGGGUAUUGUGUUCAUCUCAGACUUCUCUCCAGCCAAGCCUCCCUCAGGCCCUGGGAAAAAAGUGUAUAUUUCCAGCCCACACUCCAGCCCAGCUCACAACAAGCUGGCUACGGCCACAGGGGCCAAGAAGGCUCUUAAUAAAGUAAAAAUCUUAAUCACUCAAGAGAAACCUAGUGCUGAAUUCAUAACUCUCAAUGAUUGCCUUCAGUUGGCGUAUCUGCCUUCCAAAAGGAAUCACAUGUUGUUACUCUAUCCUCGAGAGAUUUUAAUCCUUGACCUUGAGGUGAAUCAGACAGUGGGUGUGAUUGCAAUAGAGCGAACAGGAGUUCCAUUUCUGCAGGUAAUACCCUGCUUUCAACGUGAUGGUUUGUUUUGCCUACAUGAAAAUGGUUGUAUAACCUUACGUGUUCGAAGAUCUUAUAACAGUAUUUUCACCACUUCAAAUGAGGAACCAGAUCCAGAUCCUGUCCAGGAGCUUACCUAUGAUUUACGAAGCCAGUGUGAUGCAAUCAGGGUGACAAAAACUGUGCGUCCCUUCUGUAUGGUGUGUUGUCCUGUCAACGAGAACGCAGCUGCCCUCAUAGUGAGUGAUGGCAGGGUCAUGAUAUGGGAACUGAAGUCUGCUGUUUGUAAUCGAAAUUCACGGAACAGUAGUUCUGGUGUGUCACCUUUGUAUUCACCAGUGUCUUUCUGUGGAAUUCCUGUAGGAGUGCUACAGAAUAAACUCCCAGACCUCUCCUUAGAUAACAUGAUUGGGCAAAGUGCAAUUGCUGGGGAAGAACAACCCAAAGGCUCCAUUCUGCAGGAAGUGCAUCUCAAAUUCCUACUCACAGGGCUGCUGUCAGGACUGCCCUCACCACAGUUUGCUGUCCGAAUGUGCCCACCGUUGACCACAAAAAACAUCAGGAUGUAUCAGCCGCUGCUUGCUGUUGGUACAAGUAACGGUUCUGUCCUGGUGUACCAUCUCACCAGUGGGCUGCUACAUAAGGAGUUAAGUGUCCACUCCUGUGAAGUCAAGGGUAUUGAAUGGACGAGUUUAACUGGUUUUCUUUCUUUUGCUACCUCAACACCAAACAAUAUGGGAUUAGUGAGAAAUGAACUUCAGCUGGUUGAUCUCCCAACAGGUAGGAGCAUUGCUUUUCGAGGUGAACGAGGCAAUGAUGAGCCACCCAUCGAAAUGAUUAAAGUCUCUCAUUUGAAGCAGUAUUUGGCAGUUGUAUUCAAAGAUAAACCCCUGGAAUUAUGGGAUGUUAGGACUUGUACCAUUCUUAGAGAAAUGUCCAAGAACUUCCCUGUAAUAACUGCUUUGGAGUGGUCACCAUCUCACAACUUGAAGAGCCUGAGAAAGAAGCAGCUGGCCACCCGUGAGGCCAUGGCCCGCCAGACCGUGGUCUCAGACACAGAGCUGAGCAUCGUCGAGUCAUCUGUGAUUAGCUUGUUGCAGGAGGCCGAAAGUAAAUCUGAACUCAGUCAGAACAUCUCUGCCCGGGAGCAUUUUGUGUUUACCGACAAUGACGGCCAAGUUUAUCAUCUCACUGUUGAAGGGAACUCCGUGAAAGAUAGUGCUCGAAUUCCACCAGAUGGAAGUAUGGGUAGUAUUACCUGCAUCGCUUGGAAAGGUGAUACGUUAGUUCUUGGAGAUGUGGAUGGAAAUUUAAAUUUUUGGGAUUUGAAAGGCAGAGUAUCCAGAGGGAUACCUACGCACCGAAGUUGGGUGAGGAAGAUUCGUUUUGCUCCUGGUAAAGGAAACCAAAAGUUGAUAGCAAUGUACAAUGAUGGAGCUGAAGUGUGGGAUACUAAAGAGGUUCAGAUGGUGAGCAGUUUAAGAAGUGGAAGAAAUGUGACCUUUCGGAUAUUGGACGUGGACUGGUGUACAUCAGAUAAAGUGAUCUUGGCGUCAGAUGAUGGGUGUAUCAGAGUCCUGGAGAUGUCUAUGAAGUCAACGUGUUUCAGAAUGGAUGAACAAGAGUUAACCGAGCCUGUGUGGUGCCCGUAUCUCCUUGUUCCAAGGGCCUCCCUCGCCUUGAAAGCUUUCUUAUUACACCAGCCUUGGAAUGGAGAGUAUUCUUUGGACAUUUCUCAUGUUGAUUAUCCAGAAAAUGAAGAAAUAAAGAAUCUCCUUCAAGAGCAGUUGAAUUCAUUGUCUAAUGACAUAAAGAAACUCUUGCUUGAUCCAGAAUUCACGCUCUUGCAGAGAUGCCUGCUCGUUUCAAGGCUUUAUGGUGAUGAAUCGGAGCUGCACUUCUGGACCGUCGCAGCCCACUACCUACACAGCUUGUCCCAGGAAAAGUCCGCGAGUGUGCCAGCCACUACAGAAACCGCUCCUCGGGACAAAGUGACCAACCCGCUAGAUAUAUGUUAUGAUAUACUCUGUGAGAAUGCCUACUUUCAGAAAUUUCAGCUGGAAAGGGUUAAUCUACAGGAAGUCAAACGGUCAACUUAUGAUCAUACCAGGAAAUGUACAGACCAGCUCCUUCUCCUGGGUCAAACAGACAGAGCUGUACAGUUGCUACUGGAAACAAGUGCAGAUAACCAGCAUUAUUACUGUGAUUCACUGAAAGCCUGUUUGGUCACAACAGUCACCUCAUCGGGCCCCUCCCAGAGCACCAUUAAGCUGGUGGCAACUAAUAUGAUUGCCAAUGGCAAGCUGGCAGAGGGUGUUCAGUUGCUCUGCCUGAUAGACAAGGCUGCAGAUGCCUGCCGCUACCUGCAGACGUACGGCGAGUGGAACCGGGCAGCAUGGCUUGCAAAAGUCCGUUUAAAUUCUGAAGAGUGCGCUGAUGUGUUAAAGCGGUGGGUUGACCACCUUUGCUCUCCACAAGUCAACCAGAAGUCGAAGGCCCUCCUGGUCCUCCUCUCCCUGGGCUGCUUUUCCAGCGUGGCCGAGACGCUUCACAGGUACCUGCAGAGUGCCCCGUGGCUGGUCAGGAUGGCAGUGCCUAACCACUUCUCACUCUCUUGA